AUGUUCAAGGAGCAAGCAGCGUUGGAGAGGCAUCUAUCCGAAUCCUUGUUUGCUGUCAAUGCAGGGGUCCAUGACUACGACCAGAUUAAAAACAAAAUCUUGCCUUCUCCUAGCUCAUUUGCUCUGUUCCUGUUAAAAGAAUUUUGCAGACACCUGCAGGAACUGCACAUAUUUGGAGCACGGAAGUUUUUGGUGACCAAUUUUCCCCCAGCAGGGUGCUUUCCAUCAAUUGCUGCCCGCAUGACACCAAAAGGAAAUUGCAAUGAAACAAUGAAUAGGAGGAUUAAUUCUUACAAUAAGAGGCUCCCAGGAGUGCCAUGA